UCAUAGGUCUCUUACCUGAUGUGGAGAUCUUUACAUGUAGUUGUCCAAGUGUCUAGCUCUGUGUCAGUCAAGAUAAUCUCUCUGAGAGGUGUGGCUAUGAAUUUGUUAGGACAGCUCUUGCAGAAAAUGGGGGAGGGGCUGCUUUGGUGCAGUGGUUGCCAAGGUCAUUAUCAAGACCACUGGACUAUAGCUAAGCUAGCUAGCUAGCUAGCUGUGCACUGACUUGUGAUUAAACUUCUUGGAUCUCAAUUUGAGAGGAGGCUUCACUGAUGUUUAGUUGUGAAUCUUACUUCUACAAUCAGAAGAAGGCAAAGAGGCACAGACGUCUGAGGAUUAUCGACGACUCUUACUCAGUUUACGGUGGUGAUCGAGGGACAGUAGUCACCUUUCGAGGGAAGCACAACUCAGACACUGAAAGUACUGCCGGAUUUGCCCCCAGGCCAAAUUACAUCAGACGACCUUCGACUGGUAUCAUUCGACCAGGCUCUAGCCGAGGCAGACAAGUUGUUAUAGACCCCACUGCAAGCAUUUUGCCACCUGUUGACUCCUCAGGGCCAAGGCUAGUUGCAGCUGUUGAAGAAGUUUUUGCUGCUAGUGAGAUUCGUCACACCGACGAGAAGCUUGAAUUUCUGAAAGAAGUUGAACAGAAAGUAACUUCUUCCCAAAGAAAAAGAAACGAUUGGAAUAUCAGUGAAGCUAAAUUUGCAUCGAGCUCUAUUCUCUCCCGUCUCUCAAAGCAUCUUUAUUUGGUAUCCGAGGAUUUUGAAGUGACUUUGUCUCUUGACUUGGUGGACGAGCUCAACAGACAGUACGAGCAUCUUGUCGAGAAUACGGUUGUUGAAAAACGCCGGUGGCAGACAGAUUGCUACCAAGACUUUCCAUCAAAGAACAAGCUACCGUUUCUAACCUCUGUUCCUGACAACCCAAAGACUAUAGAUAAUGCAAAUACUGUUGUUGGUAAAUUAGUUCGCAAGCAGCAAAAAGAGCAAGAGAAACGUGUUCAAUUGAAGCAGAAACCUCGAGUGAACAAAAUGUCUUCUCCUGAAAGGCCAAUGACAGCUCGAAGUAUUAUGUCCAACUAUUCCAUCAAAUCAGACAUUAGCCAACUGUCAGAUGAUGGACGAGAGUCUCGUAACGACUAUGACCUGCUUCCGGCAGAGUUGAGGCCGACCAUACUGCAUUAUAGGAGAGAGAGCACCACCCCCAAACUGAAAACAGUCCGAACCAGUACGGCCACAAGGCUUGAGAAAAUGAAAAAGCUAAGAACAGUGGAUACAAUGUCGUCUAAGCACAAAAAAAAAAAAGCAAAAUUCCAAGUUGAAAAAGAAACAGGUGAAAAUAUCCUUGAGGAAGAAUCAUCUGACAAAGAAGACAACUCUCCAGCUAAGCCUGCUAAACCCUUAGAGUUCCGACUCUCUGCUCCUCUUGAAGAAGACUGGAUAGUAGCGCCGGGAGAUUCUGAAGACCCUGAGGCAAACACACUACGAUUGUGGGAGAAGCAGCUGAAGGAGCUCAUGAGAAGCAGGCAAGAGGAGAAGAUAGUAGCCAAACAGAAAGGUCAAGACGGUCCAUUAGUUGUCAAGUUCUACAAUGACCCUCAAAUGAGGUCACUGCGAACCAAAGGUCAUCAAAGAGCAGCCACCUUCCCAAUGCCCAGUUUCUUUAGUAAACUCCCUCCGAGUGUGGCCAGUUUCUCCACCCCCACUCCAAACGAUGCCCUACUGAUUGGGGAGGGGCUCAAAGUGUUCGUCCUCACACUGCCUGACGGCUCUGGCUAUUGCAACUACCAUUCAGGACGUGUGGCUAUCUCCAUGAGCAGACAUAGUGUUGCAACUAAAGGCAUCUACACACUAGUCUAUGAAGACAGGGAGGGGAGUCCACUGAUCGCCUAUUUCACUCCGUCUGGCAGUGGGGGCUGUUACCAUCACAACGGGGGACUGCGUAUGCUCUAUGACAAGGAGGGCGGGUCACUCUUUGAUGAGGAUGGCCAUGUGUCACGGAAAUGGAGCUGGCCUACGGAUGGACUCAACAUGCCAGUAACAGUCAACCUUCAGGUGAAUGCCAACAUGUCUAUCUCCUGCACAUCGCUCACGUCAGUCACACUGAGGUUUUCCUGCAGAGGGCAAAGCCACAGGUACUCAAUGAACACAGCAGACACUCUGGAGACAUCGGCCCCAAUUAAUCUUGCUCAAGGGAAGAUGCAAACUGAUAUGUUCUUCUACUCCAAGUUUGCUAUGGAUCAUUCAGAGGAGCAGCUUGCCACUGUAGAUGACAGAAGGGAAGCAUUCAAGAAAAAGUCCACUCGCAAAUCAAUGAAUUCCCCACCCCCGGAACUGGAGGACAAACCUGCCAGAGAGCUCAUUGUGUACAAAGAGAAGAUCAAAGGCGUUGUUGAUGGCUGGAUGGACCAUUAUCGAGAGUGUAUUGGAAUUGCCCUCCCUAAACGGCUGCUCUCAAGCUCUAAACAAGACGCCAGUAGCAUAUCUUCCAGAGACUUUGGCUCAUCUUUGGGCAUGGACCGUGGCCGACAAGUUAAGACCUCAAUGGGAUUUUAUCCAAAAGAGAGCACUUCCCGGCCAUCCUCCAGACACACUCGCUCCUACACCCACCCCUUCCCAUCUCCUAGCAACUCGCGCUCACCCAGCCCUCUACUCCAGUUUGGCCUGCCUACUCUCAAGGGCUCUGCCAAUGGACGACGAAGCACCUCCCCCCAACAUGCUCUAUCAACUCCUUACAAGAAUAUUCGAAGCAGAACUUCACCCGAGCCAUUGAAGCCUUUCAAAGCCGGGAUCAGUAAACCAAAGCUGACGUUAGUGAGGAACUCCACUGGAUGUCCUGUUGGUCUCCGCAAUAAAGUAUUGAAGAACCUGAAAUCAACACCACGUUGCAAAUGCGAUAAGAGACACAUUCCAUACUUAUUUGACUUGGAGUACGAUAGCUUCCUCCUCUCUCAAGUACCAAAGUCUCAGCUCAUUGUCAUCUGUGUCCUCUCUAGUGUAGUUGAGAACUCUUGUCCUUGUGAGCCGAUGUUGGACGCCCUCUAUUGCACAGUCAAUAGGAACAGGUUCUCCCCAUGCAAUCAGUGCUCUAUGGAUGAGUAUCGACUGCUCAAGUACGAUGUGUGUCAAGUCCUGAGGAGGGAGGGGGUUUCCAAGGCAAUGCUGACAGAGAGACACAAUGCAACUCCUGGCACUUUCCUGAUGUACAUGGGGAGCAAGCUGGUAUUUGCUGACCGAAUCUUCAAUGGCUACGGCACGGCAAGGAAGGACUUUAUGAAGCAGGUUCACAAGAGCAUUCAAGAUGGCAAAAUGGGGAGAUGUCUUCCCGAUGACUUCAAGUUGUCUCGUCACCAUGGAAACAAGAUACAGAGCAGAAAUGCUUGGGCCUACCCUGUCUCUGGUGUCAUGCAAGAUCUGAUUCCAUUCACUCCCGAGUCCAGUUCUAGUUCCAUGUCAAGACACUCUGUGACUGAUGUCACUGACGAUAAAUUUGAGGACACAUUUACCGGAACGUCUUUUGCAGAUAUGUCGUACGGAGGAGACUUGCAGCUGUCACUCAACAACUCCGAGUUCAACUCCCGCUCACAGUCCAGAGUUAGUCUGGCCGACUCUAUAGCAUCGGUUAGGGCUAACUAUCUAUAAUUAAGCUUUUGCAUUAGAAUUGAAUUGCUCGUAUAUUUUUUAUUUUAAUGAAUUUUUGAAUGUACAUCAAUUUUAUAUCAAACACAAAGAUGCAUUAAUUUUAC